AUUCUUUUUUUAAAGCAAUUCAAAUUUUAUUUUUUCAAACCUUUUUUUUAAAAAGUCAAUUUUUUAUUUCAGUCUAUGUAUUUAAAAACUGUACGCAGAAAUUAUCAACAGACGAAUUCAAAAAAUGUAUUACAAAAUUUUUGGAUAAUUUGAGAAGAAAAUGAAAAUUUUUUUGUUCAUUUAUAAUCUUUGUAUAACAAAACAGUUCCCGAAAAUCGACAAUAUUUAAAUUCUGGUUUAAAAAAUAUAGUAAUAACUGUUAUUAUUAUGCCUGCGCACCCUGCCACGCGGAGCAGUACAUUGCAGGUUUUUAUAUUUUUAGUCAAAAGAAAAUUCAGAAUAUAAAUUUAUUAUUUUUGAAUAUUUGUACUAUAUUUUGCUUCUUAAUUAAAUAAAUACUUAAGAUUUAAUCAAAAUCUUCUUUAAGCCUUUUAUCCUAUUUAUUCAUUUCAACUUAGAAAAAUAUUAUAAUUGGGAAUGUUAUAUGGUAACACCGUUGCAAUUCUAGUUGGAAAUUUUAUAAUAAUACUUGCAACAGAGUAAAAUUUGAGAAAUAAAUUAUAUCUGAACAAUGAGACAAAUAAAAUAAAUUUCUUUCAUUGUCUAGCGUACAAUAGUUCAAUUAGUCGUGCUCAGCACCCUUCCUUAGAUUUUUUUCUAAGUAUAUUUGAAAUAAAAAAAUCAAAUUUUUGCAAAUAUUAAAAUAUGGAUUUAUAAAGUUUUUUAAUAUUCUCUCAGUUACUGCUUAAUUCACAUUACUAAAGUGAAGUAAACGUUGGCGUAUUCUUUUAUUUUGUUAUUGUGACAAAACAUUCAUUCUUUUUUUGACACAUUAUACGAAAUGGUCGUUUAUACAGAAAAAGAAUAUUUGCAAAUGAUUCAAUGCCAUGCAUUAUCAGGAGGUAACUGUCAUAGAGCUGCUCAACUAUAUAGAGAAAAGUACCCAGACAAUCAGCGAUUUCCCGGGCACCAAGUUAUUACACGGACGAUGAUUCGAAUUAACGAAGGAGGACCAAUCAAACCUGAUAAUAAAAAUAUAUCAGGGAGACCAAGGUCGAGGAGAACAGCUGAGGUUGAAGAAAAAAUUCUAGAAUAUGUUCGCGAACAUCCUCGAACCGGACUACGAGCAGUUGCGAAAAAAUAUGGUGUUUCUUAUUCCAUGGCGCAGGCGACAGUAAAGGAAGCAAAGUUGCAUGACUACAGCUUUAGAAGAGUUCACACCCUAAGCCACCGGUUUGAUCGUAAAAGGCGUUUAAAAUUUUGCAAGUGGCUUGUAAAAAGACACGAGCGUGACCCCACUUUUAUAAAUAACAUUCUUUUCACCGAUGAGUGUCGUUUUGCUAGAGAAGGUCCAUUCAACUACAGAAAUGAACACUACUGGAGUGACAGAAAUUUGUUUCUGGAGAUGCCACACUCUCAUCAAGAAAAAUUCUCUGUGCAUCUGUGGGCUGGGAUUCUAGAUGGCCAAUUGAUCGGUCCUUUCCAAAUUAAUGGAUACAUGAAUGGAAAACGAUACAGUGACUUCUUAAAGAACUACGUUCCUAGGUUAGUUAGAGCUAGUGGAAUCGCAGCAGGUAGGAAGUAUAGAUUUAUGCAAGAUGGAGCGGGUAUUCACCGAAGUAAAGUGGCGUUGAAGACUCUUCGAUCAUUAUACGGAAAACGUAUUAUUGCGCUCGGUACAAAAAGAGAAUGGCCCCCAAGAUCGCCGGAUUUAACUCCAUGCGAUUUUUUUCUUUGGGGGCAUGUUAAAGCUCACGUUUAUUCAAAACCUGUUGAAAACCAAGAACAGAUACGGGAGAGAAUAAAAGAAGCUUUUUUAACAGUCACUCCUGAAAUGUUAAAAAGAUGCAGCUUGAACUUGAUCAGGAGAGCAAAAUGUUGUAUAGAAGCAAAAGGACGCACAUUUGAAAGUUUACUUCCAAGGCAUGUCAGAUACAACUUGUCAGAUAAUUGAAAACAAAUCUUUAAUUAAUAUCCUUCUAGAAUCCAAGCCCAUAGAUGCACAGAGAAUUUUUCUUUAUGAGAGUGUAGAAUCUUCAGAAACAAAUUUCUAUCACUUAGUGGCUUAAAGUGUGAACUCAUGCAACCUGACAAUAAAAUAUUCUCUUCUUUCUUACUCUAACACACACAUGUACAUACGUACACUUGAAAAUUAGAAGAAAAUGGAAAGCUUCUCUUCUUGUGGUUUUUUUGAUUCUCCAUCAUCUUAUUUACUUUCUUCUUCUCAUUAUAUUUCUUCACGAACUUACAC